AUAUAAAUCUUAUUUAAUGGCAACCCAAAACGCACAUGCAUAUUUUGCUCGUGUACAAUUUCUCUAGCUAAAAUCCUUCAUUUUCUUCACCUUGUGAAACCCUUUGGCUUGAAUCUCCGAAAGAAAGAGAGCAAUGGAUGAAACGCUGGUGCCAAAACUGAGCAGCGUAAACAAUGGGGUGAGUGUGACCUCAAAAACAAGUAACUUUCUCCAACAGCUGAAGAUUCUGAGUUUCAUGGCAGCACCAAUGGUGGUUGUGACAGUGUCUCAGUUCUUGUUGCAAGUUGUGUCUUUGAUGAUGGCUGGGCACCUUGGCCAACUCUCUCUUGCAGGUGUUGCCUUAGCCACUUCCUUUGCAGAUGUCACUGGCUUUAGCAUACUCAUGGGAAUGGCUGGUGCUUUGGAAACUCAAUGUGGCCAAUCAUUCGGAGCAGAGCAAUUUCAUAAGAUUGGAAAUUAUGCAUUGUGUGCAACAAUAUCUCUCAUUUUCAGCUGUGUUCCAAUAUCUAUUGUAUGGAUUUUCAUGGACAAGUUGCUUAUUCUCCUGGGACAAGACCAUGCAAUUUCACUAGUAGCUGGCAAAUAUUGCAUCUGGCUCAUUCCUGCACUCUUUGGCUAUGCUGUACUUCAAGCUUUGGUUCGAUAUUUACAGACUCAGAGUUUGAUCUUUCCUAUGCUUAUAACCUCAGUUACUGUCCUAGUUUUGCACAUACCUAUUUGUUGGGUAUUGGUGUUUGGAUUGGGACUUGGACAAGAUGGAGCAGCCUUAUCCAUUGGAAUUUCAUAUUGGCUCACUGUCAUAUUGUAUUUACUUUACAUAAAGUAUUCUGAAGCAUGUCACAAAACUAAGAUAGUCUUUGGGAGCAAUGCUUUAAGAAACAGCAAAGAGUUCUUCUUCUUAGCCAUCCCUUCUGCACUUAUGGUUUGUUUGGAGUGGUGGUCAUUUGAGCUGCUAGUGAUAGUUGCAGGACUUUUACCAAAUCCUCAAAUUGAAACUUCAGUUCUGUCAAUCUGCCUUAACAUUUGUAAUUUGCACUAUUUCGCUCCAUAUGGGAUUGGUGCUGCAGUAAGUACUCGGGUUUCAAACGAAUUAGGAGCAGGAAAACCGCAGGCAGCUCAAGAGGCUGUUCGUGCUGUAAUUGUUCUAGCCUUCGCUGAUGCAAUUGUGUUUGCCUCUGUGCUCUUUUGCAUCCGUCAUGUGUUGGGAUAUGCAUUUAGCAAUGAGGUGGAAGUUAUACAUUCUGUUGCAAAGAUAGUUCCCUUGCUUUGUGUCUCAGUCAGUGUGGAUUCUUUUCUAGGAGUUUUGUGUGGAAUUGUGAGAGGCAGUGGAUGGCAGAAGAUAGGGGCAAUUACCAAUCUUGUAGCAUAUUAUGCUGUGGGAAUUCCAGUGGCUUUCUUGUUUGGUUUUGGUCUGCGUUUCAAUGAUAAAGGCCUCUGGAUUGGAAUAUUGACUGGCUCUACACUACAAACAAUAAUACUUGCUUUGUUAACAACAUUUACAAAUUGGGAAAAACAGGCAUCCUUGGCAAUUGAGAGAGCAUCCAAGUCAGAUGAAGCUGCUUUUUAAGCUCCAAACGGGUUAGUAUGAUGCUUGAAAAAGGGAAGAAAAGGUUACGUACCUGAUAAUAUUAAGGGUAACUUACAAUAUAUGUUAGUGAAAUAAUAAUAAGAGUGUUUUUUUAAUGCAUUAUGUAUGAUUGGGUAAAGUUAGGAACAGUUGCUAAAUUAUGUAAAUUUCACUUUUAAUUAAGUAGAAUUUACAUAACAAUUACUUAAUGAUAUAAAAUGUUCUU